AUGAAACUCGCUGCGAUAGUCACUCUUAAACAUCCGCUGAAACGAAUCCCGUACAACCCUCUCCCCACCAUUUCACACAUUCCCCCUAUUCCAACCCAGCGAAAUCAUGGCCACCACUGUUCGUGGCAUUCGGUUCUCCGCUAUGGAUUUUGUUCGACUGGCGGUAAGCUAGGAUGGGAAAUCGGUGGCAGUACCGGCGCCAUUUUGGGGGUCUUCUUAGUUUCAGGCCUCCUCCACGACUUUGGAUUAUGGUGCAUGGGCCAAGGAAUGGAACUCAGUCGGGUCACCAUGUAUUUUGUCCUUCAAGGAGUCAUAGUGCUCUUGGAAAAGACAUUCGAAGUCGACAUAUGGUUCGAAGCAGUCGAGUUGGAGGAUGCCGAUAAAUAUAACUUCAAGGCGACGAUUACAGGCCUACCCAAACAACCCCGAGUUCCUCGAAAAAAUUCGCUUAUCGAUAAUGGCUUGGGACAGUUAUGGACGGUUUUCUGGAUAGUUGUCCCCGCAACGUUAAUGAUGGACGCUGGCGCUCGGCGGGGUUUCUUCGGAAUACCUUUCGAUCUUUCUUCAUGGAUCUAA